AUGGACCAGAAAGAUUACAUAACGGCAACCUUUGAAUAUUUCGCUGAUUCAGAAAAGGCUGUUCGUGUAUGUCAAACCAAUACUCAGGACAAUGUACAUGAUCUAGAAGACGAAGAUGAAGCAAGCAUAGAUGAUGACCAAUUGAAAGACUUUUAUGAGGAAUUUCAAACAAAUCCAGUUCUUUCACAGCUACAGCACCAAUGUCCAGAUUUUGCCAGCAUCUUUAGUUACAAGAAAGAUGGACCGGUACCUGACAACCACAUUACUGCAAGGAAGGUGGUAGCUGAAGCUUUCAAUUAUGAAAUCAGGGAUGGAAUUUUAUGUCACAUUUUCCAAAGAAGAUUCAAGAAUAAAGAAGCAACAGAAAGGCUGGUUUUUCAAGUAGCGGUACCACAAUGUCUUCGACAUGAAGUUCUCCUUGCUUAUCAUGACAGUAAAGUAGCUGGUCACCAGGGACAUGAGCGGACAUAUGAGGCAGUCAGAAGCAAGUAUUAUUGGCCUCGAAUGUACCAAGAAAUUAAAGACUAUGUUCAGGGUUGUGAAAUAUGCCAACAAACUAUACGACACUCAGCUGGUCGUCCUACACCACUCAAUCCGAUGCCAGUAGAAGACGUCUUCAGUAGAUGGCACAUGGACAUACUAGGAGGACUACCUACAACUACAGAAAAGUACAAAUACAUACUCCUGGUAGUAAAUAGCGCUUCAAAAUGGUGCGAGGCACUUCCAUUGAAAACACAGGCUGCAACUGAAAUUGCAAAUGUUUUGUUCAAAGAGAUUUUUACACGCUAUGGUAUCAGAUCGAGGUAA